CGAGAGAGACCUUUUAAAAUUGGAAGAAGGAAACGAGAUCCUUCUUUGGUUUUCUCGUCUUUAUCACUGCUUCUGCCGCUGCUGCUCUCUUUUCUGCAUAUUUUUUUGGAGAUUCACUGACAACCAUGGCGAAUUUGGAGCUAUGGGAGACGUUGAAAGCAGCGAUAUCUGCAUAUACGGGACUAUCUCCUAUGACCUUCUUCACGGUGUUAGCUUUGGCUUUCGCGUUCUACUAUGUCAUUUCUGGGUUCUUCUCGUCCCCUGAGCCUCCGAGGACGAGGGCUUUGCCAGAAGAGGUGAAGCCCCUUCCACCUCCCGUUCAGCUUGGUGAGAUCACUGAGGAGGAGUUGAAGGCAUACGAUGGAUCCGACCCCGAGAAGCCUUUGCUUAUGGCAAUCAAGGCACAGAUCUAUGACGUAUCGCAAAGCAGGAUGUUCUAUGGUCCUGGUGGACCCUAUGCCUUGUUUGCAGGGAAGGAUGCUAGUAGAGCUCUCGCAAAGAUGUCUUUUGAGGACAAGGAUUUAACAGGUGAUAUCUCUGGCCUUGGUCCUUUUGAACUUGAUGCCUUGCAGGACUGGGAGUACAAGUUUAUGAGCAAAUAUGUUAAGGUUGGGACAAUCAAGAAAACCGUUCCAGUAACCGAUGCACCUCCUGCUGAUGAUUCCUCGGAAGGUGCCAAUCCUGAUGGUGCUAAACCUGCAGAAAAUGAGCAAUCAGAGAGUGCUGCAGGUGAGAAAGCUGAGGAGCAGCCUCCAAAGGAAGCCACAGUUCGUGGUGAUGCUGAGAGGGAAUAAUUUCUGACUUCCUAUCUCCCUGUGAGCUACUGCAUGUGAAGCAUCAGAAUACUUGUAUUUUCAUGAAUCUUAAUCCUCUUCCAGUUAAAUACCUCUGUUUUAUAGAUUGACUUUAUGAAAUGUGGGUAAUCUCCUCUUGAUAGUCCAGGAGAGUACCACUUUUGUGGAACCUGUUUGCUGAAUAAGGCCUAAAUAGAGCAAGGUGGUGGAGCCGAAGCCUCAAAGACUCAAGUUGCUACAUAGUUAUACAAUCUUAAAUAUGCGGAAAUGUUGGCUUCU